AUGCAUGGCUUUUUCCAUCUUGACAGGAAGCUUCACGACACCUUCCUACGACCUCAUUCAAUCUCCCAUCUCGAAACUCCCGGAAUCGAACCAUUCACCCUUCUACGGCUAAUUUACGGCUUUGGAUCACUCUAUCAUCGAGAUUCAUUUAAAGCUCCCUCGAUUCGAGAUCAGGCACUCGCUGCCCGAGUUCGGACAUCGACGCCCGUCCAUGCGCCGGAUCUGAACCGUUUGUGCAAUCGCCACCGAAUCGCCGACCCCCUCCGACUGGCGACGAUGUCAGCGGACGAAUCUAGUGAUAAAGCCCCUUACGAGGGAGCGUCUUGGGAAGAAGGUGAUCUCGAAGGUGAUGGACCUGAUGAUUAUCAACCGGAAAUUCAACUUAGCGACGAGCACACUCAAGAUCCUAGUUUGACUGGUGACCAAGACUCCGGUGAAUAUGGUGAAAACGGCGAAGACUUUGGUGAUGACGGCGCUGAGUAUGAUCCGGAAGCUGUCGAUGCUCCAUCUGAAACGGCAGCCCCAGAGUCCAAGUCUUCCAAACCACAGACUACCGGUGGCUUUAUAAUUCAGGACGAUUCCGAUGACGAUAAUGAUGAUGAUGAUGACGAGGGUGAUGAGGACGGUGCGGUUCCCGUGGCUGUACAGACUGUUAUUGCUGCACGCUCGGCGAGUGCCACUGCAGACACCUCUGCCCAUAACCAGCCAGCAUCUACCGCCGCCCCUCGUACCCUUGAUGCCCAGGUGACCAAUGGAUCCACUCCUCCUCUCGCUCCAGGAAAUGCUGUUACUGCCAUCCCAGGCCAGGAUACCUUAGAUCGUGUUGCGGUACUGGAAGAUCGUGUGAAGGCUGAUCCUCGUGGAGACAUGGAUGCGUGGCUUGGUCUGAUUGAAGAAUACCGGCGCCGUAAUUGCCUAGAUGAGUUGCGAUCUGCCUACAAUCGGUUCCUGGAAGUGUUUCCUCAGUCGGCGGAGGCUUGGGCCUCUUGGGUCGAACUCGAGCUGGGUCUCAAUAACUUCGUUGAGGCGGAACGCCUCUUUGGCCGUUGCCUCAUGCUUGCCCCUAAUGUCCGACUUUGGACAGUCUAUUUGAACUACAUCCGGCGGCGCAAUGACCUCAACAGUGAUGCCGAUGGUCGUGCACGAAAAGUUGUGACGCAAGCUUAUGAGUUCGUCAUUGACACCAUUGGCGUUGACAAAGAUUCCGCUCAGAUUUGGCAAGACUACAUUCAAUUCAUUCGGAGCGCGCCCGGCCAAAUCGGCGGUGGCAACUGGCAAGACCAGCAGAAGAUGGAUCAGCUCCGCAAGGCCUACCAACGCGCCAUUUGCGUCCCUACAUUGGCGGUGAAUAACCUGUGGAAAGAGUAUGACCAGUUCGAGAUGGGUCUGAAUAAGAUGACGGGCCGCAAAUUUAUUCAGGAACGGUCUCCUUCGUACAUGUCGGCAAAGAGCGCCAAUAUUGCUUUGGAGAACAUAACCCGCAACCUGAAGCGCACCACAUACCCGAGGCUUCCUCCUGCGCCUGGCUUCGAAGGCGAUGUCGAGUUUUCAGAGCAAAUCGAGAUCUGGAAGAAGUGGAUUGCGUGGGAGAAGGAAGAUCCCCUUGCCCUAGAACCUGAGGAGCCCGCUGUGUUCAAACAGCGAAUUCUCCAUUGUUACCGGCAAGCUCUCAUGGCACUGCGCUUCGUGCCUGAGCUAUGGGUUGACGCAGCUGAGUGGUGCUUCAGGAACCAAAUCACGCAAAACAACCAGGACACUGGGCUAGAGCUUUUGACUCAGGGCGUCGAAGCCAACCCUGAGAGCGUGCUUCUCGCCCUAAAGCAUGCCGAUCGGAUUGAACUCACUCACGUUGGAGGAGAAAGCGAUGAUGCCAAGCGCGAAUUCGCGGCCGCGGUUCGGGCUCCCUACAAUAAAGUUCUCGAAACUCUUUAUGACAUGUGCAAGGACCUCAAGGAAAAGGAACAGACAGACGUGGCCCAAGUGGAGCGCAUUUUUGCUCAGAACACGGCCACAGCGGGUGGUUACGACGACGACGACGACGACGAUGGCGCCGGGGCCUUCAGUGCUGUGGAGAAAGAGAACCGGCUGAAGGCUGUCAGGCAAGGUUAUGCGGCACGAACCGAACUUCUUUCAAAGACCAUUUCGCAUGUCUGGAUCGCCCUUGCCCGGGCGAUGCGCAGGAUCAAGGCAAGGGUGGCGUUGGCCAAGGAGGACUACGCCAAGUCUUUGUGGAAGCUCGCAAGCGUGGAAGGCUGA